UUUCUAUAAAUGCAUAAAAAUCCACAAGCAGUUUAGCUACAAAUAUAAAAAAAAAAAAGAAGAAAAAAUCAAACUAUAUAAAAUUACGUUUGUCGAAAACAAAGGAGGGAAAGAGAUCAAGGCGAAAGCAAUUUUCUACAACCGUGAGGCGUACCUGUGCCACCGGUUGCAAUCGUCAGAAGAAAAGCGUAAUAACAGGUGGCUCCGCAUCACGGCAGCCGACGGGUGUCAACAUGGAGAAAGGGGAAACAUCGACUCGAAGGAGAUACCUGCUGCAAUAAUAGAUGCGACAAUUGCAUCGCUUUUGUUCCACUGUGGGUAGAGGUUAUAUAUGCCCGAGAUAUCUCUCGGAGGUGUGAAACGCAUGAAAGCCCGUGGUUGUGGUAGAGUGAAGAACGAGAUAAUGCCGCCGUCGUCGCACACGAACUGGACGAAACCCCUUCUGAAGAAUGGACAGACGAUGCAGCUGCAGGCGAAGCGUACAACCUGCUCGACGCAAAAUCAGAAUUCAAACGGCAGUACCGCAGAACACAGUGGCAUGCCACUUGACAGACGGAUCAAGGUUGUUCUGGUGGGCGACGGUGCCGUUGGGAAAACCAGCCUGGUCGUCUCCUACUCAACGAAUGGUUUCCCAGGAGAAUACAUACCUACCGCUUUCGACAAUUACAACGUGGUUGUUAACGUCGACGGCCAACCAGUAAACGUUCAACUAUGUGAUACGGCAGGUCAAGAUGACUUUGAUCCUCUGAGGUCGUUGUGUUACCCAGAAACAGAUGUGUUCCUAGUCUGCUUCAGUGUUGUAUGCCCAUCGUCUUAUCAUAGCGUAACUUCACGAUGGAUAAAUGAAGUGCGAAAAUAUUGUCCCAAUGCACCGGUUAUUUUGGUAGGCACAAAGAGUGAUUUAAGAUCGGAUGUACAUCUUAUGUUACAAUUAGCAAGAUAUGGUCAAACACCAAUUACGAGUACACAAGGUCAUCAAUUGGCUCAAAAUGUCGGAGCUAUAAGUUACGUGGAAACGUCUGCCUUAACUCAACAUGACCUUAAAGAGGCAUUCGAUCAAGCGAUAGUUAGUGCUCUUAACACAAGGAGAGAUGGUGCUAGUUUAUUAUACAGACGUAGAAAACCUUUACCAUUAUGGCGCAGAUGGUUAUGUUGUUGCGAAAAACCUUCUAGUGGUGCAUAAAUAUUGAUUGAUUAGACUCUCUAGAGUAUUCUCUGUGAUCAAGUACGACUACUUUGUUAUCGGAAUUCUUAAAUUUCUAUUGAUAUUUUUUAGUAACAUUUUAAAGAUUUUAUUCUAUUAAUAAGUAAAAAAUGUGCAUAUUUUCCAUAAGUAUAUCUUCCAAUGCUUUGAAAUUAAUACUAAAUUAUUUUUUUAAGAUUUCAACAAACUUCAAUACUUUAACAAAACUACUUCAAUAGUAGUUUUUUUAAAUUGAUUAAUAAACCCGUAAAAGAUGUUCUCUAAAUCGUAAUAUAAUCGGUCAAGAUGUAAUUCUACAUGUAAUAAGUCAGAAAGAAGGAAUAAAAUUUCUCCAUAUAAACACUUCGUUUUUAAGAACGUCGAGUUUGAAAAUUUAGCAGAUACAUGUGUACGGCAAACUUUUAACGAAACGCAAUAGACAUUUUCUUAAAAAUGAAUCUUAAAUGAUUUGAUAAACUGAUGAUGAAAAAUUUUAUUCUUUUUUUCUGAAUUACUUUUAGAUGUAGAAUCACAUCCUAGCAGGUAGUACCACGAUUUCGGAAACACCCUACAUACAUGAAUAUACAAUUUAUAUUCUGAUA